CGUUGCCCACAAUGUUCGCAUUGUGAGGAUCUGUCAGCGCAAACAAUUUACGCACUGUUUAAAAUGGGUGAUUCAGUAAGAUCCACAUGAAAUUUGCGUUUUCUAAAGUAUUGUUCAUUUAAUGGCAACAGGCGAAUAGCGAGUGUUUUUAAAUAAGUGUUGUUCAAUUUAAGAACAGGCGAUUUAAUGCAAAUACAGGAUUUAUGUAUCAGUGUUUGCUAUUUUUCAAAUAUGUUUAAUGAUGUAUUGAACAACUAUUUAUUAAAUGCUUGACAACAACAACAGGAAGAAAAAUUAAACAAGGAACAGAAAUAUACACUCUAUAGACAUUCAAUCGCUAUGUUAUAUUUUGUUUUUUUACGGAAGUAAUCAGAAGCGAAAUAAAAUGCGAUUUAAAAACAUACCACUUGAUUAUGUCACACUCGGACUUUCUCUUCUGGCCCUCAUAUUUGACAUCGUGGGGCUCUUUGCUGGACCAUGGUGGACUCAUACCGGGCGCGUGGGUCAGAGCUUGUUUGGGAUUACUUCGCAUCGCGUCUGUCAGUUCUCAUGCGUCGACAAAACCGUCUUGGUCAUAGAAGGCGGGAAAGAAUUCAUUCUGACGGUGCGAGGUUUUGAGGUGCUUGGCUUGAUAUUUAUGCUGAUCGGAACUAUACUCACGGUUCUCGCCGUGAUAUUGCGGACCCGGCCAAUACACACGGCCAUCGUGUACAUUCACGGAGCAGCAGCUAUUUUCAUCGUGUUUGGCAUCUUCAUAUUCGUCGGCUAUCAUGGUCAACUUGGCCGAGGUCUCGAUGGCGAUGGCAGCAUCCAGUUCCCAUUCGCCCUCACCGUCAUUGGCGGCCUUCUGUGCAUCGCAACGUCAGUGGUGUCGGGCCUGACUCUUCGUAAACACCUGAUAACGUUUACGGGUGACGACGACGAAGAUGAACUGGAGACCCAGUAGCGCACUGGCGUCUGUUAAAAAAGGGGUUUAAAUGUUUUACGGAUAUUUCUGUUGGUUACAAUGCGUUGAGUGAGUGUUGUUCUGAACAUUUUUAUCAAUACGGGAUGUGAAUGUUUCAAAUGGGAGUCUGUUAAAAGGGAAGUUAUAUAAGUCUGAUGUCUCCGGUGAUGUGUCUCACACUAUUUAUAAUGUCACAUUACAAUGAUGUGCGCAACAUGUAUUGCUUUGUAAACCUUAUUUAUUCCUGUAACACUUUAUAUGUUCAAAUGCGCAUACAAACAUGUCUUAUUAAGUUGCACGAUUUCAAACCAUUCACAUCUCAUUACAUGUACCUUAGCUAUUACCGGUACUUUAACCUUUUAUAUCCUUGGUUAUGUUGGCUUCCUGUUUAGAGCAGGUAUAUAUCUGUUUCAGAUAAUAUUGCAGGUAUUUUAAUCUUCUAUUAUAAAGAUUUAUAUUAUGUCUUUUAAACUGCAUUUUACAUAAUACAUUUGAUAUUUAUAUGUACAUUGUAUAUAUUAGUUGUCAUGGUACAUGGAAUUUACUUAUUAUUUUAUAUGCACUUAUUCUUACUCAUUUACUUCGACAUUUUGGUUUUCUUUCCUUUAUGAUGAUUUUUCAUCUGUACUCUGGUAUUUAGGUUUAAAAUCUGAUUUAAUGUGAAUAAUCUAUCUAGUCGACAAGAGUGUAACUGUUUAAGAGUAAACACAUUUUUUAUCAGCUUACUUGACCUUUAGUAAUCAUGUACAGCCGGAACAUAAUUCCUUAGAUUGUGUUUAUCAUAUAAAGUCAUCAAUGAAUAAAUGUAUCAUUGAUUUCUUAAUUGAGUUUUUGUUUGAUAUUGAACGUUUAAUAAAGCAUUACAUUUUAUAAUAUGUUUUUAAUUGUAAUAAGUAUUAAUAAUAUGGCUGUUUAAAACGUGUGUUAUGGUUACGCCAUGAACCAUUUGUUUGUUUUAAUUUAAAACAAAAUCAAUUAGGAACACGUGUUUCAAUUAAGUGAGAGCGAAGUACCUUUCGACGCAUGCGCACUAUCGAAGUAAAAUUCUCAUUGGGUAGGCGAUGUGUCGUGGCAGUAACUUCGAAUUCUAUUGUAUGUAUAUAUUUUUAUUUACGAUUUUGUAAAUAUAGAAUAGGGAGAAGAUAAAUAACUGCAUGAAAAGAAAGAAAUAUGCAUUAUUUUCAUAUAUCACAAUCUGGAGAGAGACACUUUCGCUAUGCCUUUUCUAGCCACACCAAAACCACGUUAGUAGACACAAAUAUAUCGGCGCUCUAGUUGGUCAAUGGGUUUGCAGUGAAUGGAUUUGAUUAUUCAACAAUUGUUUUUUUAUAAACCAAAAUAUAAACUCAACACUUGUAAACUCUGUCCUCGUGUGUCACUUAUAUAAAGGGCAAUUGCAGAAACAGAUAACGAUUGUAUCGAAUUUGAGAAUCUGGCAGUUGACAUUGACAUGUAUGUAAUAAAUCAUAUGUAUGUUU